AUCGGUCACGACUGCAUCGGAAACGAAUAGGCGGCAGUGAAGGUUUUUGUUUGACAUAUCCCGGGCGUUGAAGUGUGGGCGUCCUCAGCUGGGAGUUUUAAAAGUGGCGAGCACGCGAUCUGCGAGACGUGGCGUCAAGGAUCAUUCCUGUCCGCGUGCUCUGCUGCCUGAGUCUCCACGCGAUCAAGCAGAUCACAGCAGAGAAACACUCCUCGUGCCGAGGAAUUCCAGGCACUGGUGACAGAGAGUGAGCGUCCAUCUGGGUCAGUGAAACGCAACGGGUACCACUCCCAACCCUUCUGAGAGUUCAUCCCAGCAAGGGAAUUUCAAGCUUAUGGGAAGGCGUUAGAGACUGGCAAAGUAAAAAAGACAAAACCUGCCCCCACAAGAGUGUAAGCUGAUGCAGAAGACAAUGCAUGGAGGUGGAGAUGAAUAGCCCAUGGAUUCGGGGAGGGUAGCUCUUUUGCUGUUGGCUGUGUUGGAAAUCGGAAGCUGAUGCUCAGGAGCAGUGAAAACCCCGCAUGCGGGUCGCUCGCCGUGUCUGAAGAGUACAGGAGCGGCAGAGGAAGUGCACAAGCGUGCUCUGAACAAGUAGCCUGAGCUGUGUCUUAUUGUGUCACCGGGGACCGAGUGAGAAGCAACAGCCAGGCGGGGAUAAAAUGCCAGCGAAGGGUAAAUACUUCUUUAACGAGAACGACGACUGCAAGAUAACAGACCCGCUCUACGAGAAGUACCGCUACACGAGCCAGCAGCACCCGCUGCUGCUGCUGCUGCUCUUCAUCGCCAUCGCCUUCUGGACCACACUCAUCGUUAUCUUUUUUGUCACAGAUGAAAGACAUGAUCACCUUGCCUUCAUUAUUACAGUAUGUACUGCUCUUGUCGUAUUUGCAGUCAUAUACUUGCUUUUAUGUAUUGGAUCCUUAUUUCGGAGAUGGCUAACAUUAUUUGGAGUUAUAAUUUGGAUUAGCUUCGUAACCAUAGGAUAUGUGUCUAUUUUUGAAAAAGAAAAUGAUUUUCCACCAUGGGAACAGGUGCCAUUUUUCCUAUUCCUUAUCUUCAUGGUUUAUACCAUGCUCCCCUUCAGGAUGAGAGAUGCUGUCAUACUUAGCAGUCUUUCUGCUCUCUCCCACAUUAUUGUUCUGAGCAUUGUUGUGCCAAAGAAUUCUCCGAAAGAAAAGGAAUCUGUUCUCUAUCAGUUACUUGCCAAUGCGGUCAUUUUUCUUUGUGGUAACUUGAUGGGUGCCUUUCACAAACGCCAAAUGCAGGUGGCUUCAUGGGACUUGUAUAGAUACACAUUAAAGUGCAUUCAGGUCCGAAUGAAACUGAAGAUCGAAAAGAGACAACAAGAAAAUUUGCUUCUGUCUAUCCUGCCAGCUCACAUAUCUAUGGAAAUGAAAUUAGCGAUCAUAGAGCGACUAAAGGAAACCAAUGAUAACAGGCAAAUGCAUGACAACAAUUUCCACAGCCUCUAUGUAAAAAGGCACCAAAAUGUUAGUAUUCUCUAUGCAGACAUUGUGGGAUUUACUCGCCUGGCCAGUGACUGCUCUCCUAAGGAACUGGUUGUGAUGUUGAAUGAACUUUUUGGGAAGUUUGAUCAGAUUGCAAAGGAGAAUGAAUGCAUGAGAAUAAAAAUUUUGGGGGACUGUUACUACUGUGUGUCAGGCCUACCUGUAUCCUUACCGGUUCAUGCCAGAAACUGUGUUAAAAUGGGCCUCGAUAUGUGUGAAGCGAUAAAGCAAGUGAGGGAAGCCACGGGCGUGGAUAUCAACAUGAGGGUUGGCAUCCACUCCGGGAACGUGCUCUGCGGCGUCAUCGGCCUGCGCAAGUGGCAGUACGACGUGUGGUCCCACGACGUGUCCUUGGCCAAUCGCAUGGAGUCCGCGGGAGUGCCAGGUCGUGUGCACAUCACUGAAGCAACGUUAAAUCACCUAGGCAAAGCCUAUGAGGUAGAGGAAGGGAAUGGGCACCUGAGGGAUCCCUACCUUGAAUCCAUGAACAUCAAAACCUACUUAGUGAUCGAUCCAAGGUCCAAACAGUGUGUGUCAAAUAAUCAUCUCCCUAAAACAAGAGUUAACGAUGGGCUGAAGAUGCGAGCGUCGGUGCGGAUGACGCGGUACCUGGAGUCCUGGGGAGCAGCCAGGCCCUUCGCCCACCUCAACCACAGAGAGAGUGUGAGCAGCGACUCCUCCGCUUCGCAGGGAAGGCGAAGGAAGGAAAUACCUUUAUGUUCCACUGGACGCCAAAGGACUUCAGAUAGGAAUUCGUCUCAGAAGGGAAGGAUAGAGGAAGAUAUUUAUGAUGAAAUGAUGUCAACCAUUGAGGGCCUCAGUUCAACUAACCCCUGGUGUGGCAAAUCUGAUGACUUCUGCGGAUUCUCCCUGAUUUUUGCAGAACCUGCUCUUGAGAAAGAGUAUCGGACUAUUCCUAUUUUAAAACUGAAGAGUUACUUCGUGUGUGCCAGUUUUGUGUUUCUCUGUAUAUUUCUGAUACAGAUCUUUAUAAUGCCAAAAACUGCAAAACUGGGAAUUUCCUUUGGUGUUGUUGCAGUCAUAAUUGCACUUAUUUUGUUGGUGUGUUUUGCUGAGAAAUGGAUGAAAUGCUGCUCAGAACAGUGGCCUUUCUUGCAUCGUGUUUGUGCUAUCUCAGAAACAGUGGAAACGAUGCCUUUGCUUAGGCUUCCUUUAGCAUUCAUCACCAUAGGUGCCUUGCUGAUUAUAGCUAUUUUUAAUUUGACUACUGAAGGAUACAACCCUGCAAACGCUACCGCGUCAAACAGCCUGUACACCACCACCUCUCCUUUUGGGAAUACAGCUGAAUACUGCAUUGAGGAAACUUAUUACACCUACUGCUGCAUAUUAGCGUUCAUUGCUUGCUCUGUGUUCCUCCAAAUGAGCUUCGAACUCAAAGUUCUGCUGCUGUCCAUUGCUGUGACCGUUUACCUCAUCAUUUUCAAUACCCUCCAGCAUAUUCACAUGAGCGUCCCUGUGAAUGAUACCAGGUUUUUCAUGAAAGACCCGGGAAUAAUGACUAACUUAUAUCUGGUCCUAUUUUACGUAACCCUAAUUCUACUUGCAAAGCAGAUUGAUUAUUAUUGCCGACUAGAUUGUCUUUGGAAGAAUAAGUUUAAAAAAGAACAUGAACAGUUUGAAACGAUGGAGAACGUUAACAGGCUUUUGCUGGAGAACGUGCUUCCAGCGCACGUUGCUGCCUAUUUCAUUGGCGAAAAAAGGAAUGAGGACUGGUAUCAUCAGUCUUACGACUGUGUCUGUGUCAUGUUUGCAUCAGUACCAGAUUUUAAGGUGUUUUAUACUGAAUGCGAUGUCAAUAAGGAAGGCCUGGAAUGUUUGCGGCUGUUAAAUGAAAUCAUUGCUGAUUUUGAUGAGCUGUUGUUAAAACCUAAAUUUAGUGGUGUUGAAAAAAUUAAGACCAUCGGAAGCACCUACAUGGCAGCAGCCGGCCUCAGCGUCACGCCGGGCCAGGAGGGCAACCAGGAUAAGGAGAGGCAGCAUGCUCACAUUGGGAUUAUGGUGGAAUAUGGAAUUGCCUUGAUGAACAAACUGGAUGGCAUCAACCGACAUUCCUUCAACAACUUCCGCUUACGGAUUGGUAUAAAUCAUGGCCCAGUGAUUGCUGGUGUGAUUGGUGCCCGGAAACCUCAAUAUGAUAUUUGGGGCAACACAGUUAAUGUCGCCAGCAGAAUGGAGAGCACAGGAGAGCUUGGCAAAAUCCAGGUGACAGAAGAAACAAGUAAAAUACUACAGGAGUUGGGCUAUUCAUGCGAAUGUAGGGGACUCAUUAAUGUCAAAGGCAAAGGAGAACUAAGGACUUACUUCGUGUGCACUGAGACAGCCAAAUUCCAAGGUAUUGGACUGAACUGAGGCUAUGACAAAGUUCAUCAAAGUAGGCUUAGAACUGUCUUGCUUCUGUGAAGAGUUGGAAUUUCCCUCCUUAUGUGAAGGAGAUUAUUCUAAAACUAUAGCCACGCUAUUCAUACUUCUGCUACAUCUCAAAAUAGGAGAAGGAUAUGUUUUGAAAGAAGUUCUGAAAAUUUCCUAGGAGACACACAGCCAGCCUGUGAACAGGACUACCUUUCCCUGAGAUAACUUGAGGUUGUACCUGGAGCUGAACUCUUUUCGGGUUCCUUUCCCUACCUGCACUGUGGGAGUGCAGCAGCAGUAACAAUCUGUGGGGAUGCACUGCACAGUUGAUAACCACGUUAAAACAUUCCAGAGCUUCCUUCCCGGGCGCCUGUGCCAGCAGUGCUGUAUCUGCCGCCGGCGAGGGCACGCAGUGGCCACUGCACACCCUGUCCUUCAUACAAACAGGCUUCGUGUCAGAAGACUGCUCAGUGAUGGGAAGAGCAACGCGUGUAAAUGCAAACGUACUGUAGCUCAGUUGUGCUGAGCUCCUCUGGGGAAAAAUGCACAGUAUUGGAUCACUAUUUCAUUACUUUAGCCUCCUUCAUAGCAGUACCUUGUAUUACACAAAUGUAUUCCUCACUUGCCAUUUCUCGGGAGUAGCUUUCAUCUAGUUCCAAGUAUUUACAUUGUAAUACAUGGUCCCCUUUGUGCUUCUGUAUUCAGCAGCUGCAUGCAGAUUUGUACACUGGCAGCCAAAAGUGAUCUUUAACCUUCUGUCUCUAAUUGACAAAAGUUGUACCUGAUCUUGAGGUGCUGUGAGCACCUGCAGUUUAUUCUGCCCUCUUGGCUAGAGAUGGCUUGAUGUCCCAGGGGGAUUCUGUGUGCUCACUGCUUGCUUGAAGGCUUUUGUAGAAGAAGAAAAUCUAUUUUGAAUCGUUCUGAAGCUGAAGAAUGAAGAACAGAAGUAAGAGGAUACUGGUAGAGACAGCAGCAGACAGACCUGCAUCUGACGUGGCUUGCUUCUGGUCUCAGUUCUUCCAUUUGACUAGCCGUGGCUGGGUGCCUGGGCGUGAAAGAAUCAAGUGUUGAAGAUCACCAAAGGAUGUGAGGACAAACACCCAGAACAGAACUGUUUCAGCAGAGCUCAGGGCUGCCGGGAUUGCUCCAGAGCAUUUGUAAGCACUGACUUACUGUAAACAGGGCAUAGCGUGUGAAGUCUUCGGUUUUAUCUUUUUUUGUCCUUUUAAAUUUUUUUUUUCCUAUUACUGGUUUUUGCUAAUUUCUCAAUAAGCAAUUUUCUACUUACUGCACUCAAUCUAAUUCUUUAUGUUGAUGAAGAUGAUAGUAUUCUGCAAGGGUAACACCUUGUACCCAAAUACACGUACUAAUUAAGGAAGGAUUUUCCCCCAUGCAUGCAACAUGGGGUAUGAAUGAGAGUUCAACCUCUGUUCUGUCAAGCCUUACCCUUCUACAAAGCAUCACUUACUAAUAUUUUGGGGUUCAGUACUAAACCAUACAGGAACAAUGUUUAACAAGCAGUCGUAUGCAUCACUGCAGCUUUCUAAUUACUAUGUAAUUUCUUUAGAAGACAAAGUGACUAUGUUUCAAGACGGGAACAAAUCUAAAUAUUUUCUAACUGUGACAAAGGAUUAUGGCCUUUGCCACUUUGGUAGGUCAAAAGUAUGUUCAUAAUAGUCUCCAACAGAAAAUAUCAUGCUUUGAGGUUGUCUGGUUCAUGCGUGGACUCUGCUGAAGAGGGAAGUUUAAUACUUGGUGUCUUUUGUCCUUGGUGUCAGUAUCAGGUCAGUGUUGUAGUUGAGUCAACUUUCCAACAGCUUCUACUGCUUUUGUGUGUUGUCUGUUUGUAACAGCAGAUGCUCACCAAGCAUUUGCUCUGAGAUAUUUAUUUAUUGUUUUGUAUGGACCAUGCCCAAGUCAACGGCUCCUUGUGGCCGCCUUGGGCGUUGUGUGGGAGGUAGUGACUCCUGGCAUCAUUAAUAUAUUUUGAAGAGUGCACUAUGCACACGGAUAGAGCUGGCUCUGAAGGGUUUCUGUUCACGCUAGUAGUAGACUGUAGAUAUAAGUUAUCUGUGAAAGAAAAUUCUGUACAUUAACAGCAUUUUGAAAUGCUUUUGUUUACAUUAUGUUGCCUGUCAGGCUAGUUGCUUGGCCAUAACUUAACCUCAUUUAUGAAAGGGGUAUAAAGAGCAAUAGCUUUUGAACUGGAUGGCAUAGUUUUUUAUUGCAAUUUUAAAAGGAUCUAGGCUAGACAAAAGACUGGAUAAUCUGUGUAAGGUCAGGAAGACCCAGGAAAAGGGGCUAUAUCUGAGGAUAACUUUCAAAUUUCCCAUCAGAACUGGAACUGCAUAAUAUGAGAGCUAUAUUCAACCACAGGAAAAGUUCAGUGUAACAGGUAACUAUACGUAAAUAUCUUUAGCAGUCCUUUCUCAAGAGAACUGUGAACAUUAAAAUGAUUUCUUCAAUCUUGUUUAAAAAUCCUUUUUUAUAGCAUUACUGUUUUCCUGAACUAAAAAGCAGUGCUGUAUCUAAUUUCAAAAGCUAAUAACAUCAUGAAUUAAUAAAGAACAAAC